ACUUCACAAUGGCAAUCGUAGUCAACCGGGUUAGUGUCAUUUUGAUUGCAUGAAAAAUUUUCUCUCUCCGAUUUCGUGUUGAAUUGUGCAGUGAAAAUUGCAGUGAAAAACCUUGUGGAAAUUGGUGAAAAGUGUUUGUAAAAGUGUGUGGAAUGGGUGGGAGAAGAUGUCUUGCAGUGUUGGCCCCAAAUGGCGAUAUUUGAGAAGAAAAUCGAGCGCAAAGUGAAUCUCGAUGACACAUUAGAAAUUCGAUGUUGCAUUGAAACGGCGCAGAAAGUAAAUGGACACACGGAGUACGUGCUGAGGGUGCAGCGGGGCCCAUUCAGUGAGAAUUCCUGGCGAUUGCUGAGGCGAUACAAUGACUUUGUGCACCUGGACAAGUGCCUGCAGAUUUCCGGGAUUGACCUGCAGUUGCCCGGGAAGAAGAUCCUGGGGAAUAUGCAUCCGGAAUUUAUAGCUCAGCGUCGUGUUGCAUUGCAGGAGUACAUCAAUCACGUGCUAAUGAAUCCCAUUCUGGCAUCGUCGCUCCCGACAAAGAAGUUUGUCGACCCAGACAGCUACUCCACCCCAUUCCAUGAUCUUGCCCUCCAGAAUGCCUCGCUAUGCUUGAGGGCAGACGGGCAGUAUGCUCUGGGGCAGAGUCUGGGACCCAUUGGGUGGCGUCUACGUAAGCACUAUUUUCGCGUUACGAUGAAAGUUCCCGGGGGCAGGAGUUCCCCCGGUCAGGCUAAGCACCUGGUUAAAUCAGUCUCACAGAGUCAUGCCCGGACUGGUCCCCAGAGCUCUACAGUGGGCAAUGGGAGUACCUCCGAGGCGGUCCAGGACCUCAUUCUGGCCUGGACAGAAUAUGGCCCCGACAAGUAUGUCGAUGACCGUGAGAUUCAUGCUGCACUCAAGAAUCUCAGUGGCAUCCAACAUCCCUAUAUACAGCCUCUGGACUAUGUCACGAGCAACGACAAUGGGGCCCUGGUGAUCCGGAAGUUCAUCUCGCACGGUAGCCUCAAAGAUCAGCUGUGUACGGUGCAGCCGGUGAACCCGUUCCUCACCAAAUACGGCAAUCCCAAAAAUCGCUCUCCACUUCCCCUUCGGGACGUUGCCCUCUAUGGCCGGCAGAUCCUGGAGGCCAUUCGCUUCCUGCACUCCAAGGGUCUGCCCAAUGGGCACGUUCAUGCGGGCAAUGUGGUGAUUGUGAAUGGAACUGCCCGGCUCCUGGACAUUGAGAACUUCAUCUUGGGCGUACCAGCCUUCUAUAGGCCCUUCUUCAUGCAACACUCCAAAAUUCACACCUUCGAGGCUGUGGAUGUCUACUCCUUCGGUCAUCUUCUCUACGAGAUGACCAUGGGCUACCCGCUCCAGGAAUCCGUUGCCAGACAAAUUACUGACUGUCCAGAUUCCCUGCGACAACUUCUGGAAUCCAUCUUGCUCAAGGAUUCCUGCAAAAAUGGUCUGCCUUCACUCGAUCAGGUGGCCCAGCAUGCAUUCUUCCAGGAGCACGUGCCCAAUUUCCAGGAUAUCCUAGCCAAGGCCACAAAGACCACGAAGCCACAUCUCAAGUGGUCAUCGUGUGCCAAAGAGCAGCUGAAAGUGUCUCUGCAGAAAGCUGAGCAUCGGCUGAAGGAUGAGCAGAAGUCCGUGAGGAAUCAGAAGAGGCUUGUGAGGGUGCAGGAGUGGAUGAGUUCGGAGGAGGAGAAGAAGAAAAUCAAAAGCAAGGCGAAAAUGGAACAGAAACAGUCAAAAUUGAGGCAACAAACGUCGUUGCAACUGCAGAAUGGACCACCAGCGACUCCAUUGACCCUCACGCGGUCAGACAGUGCUAAUAGCGUCUCGACGUCCCACGGAACGGACUCGCCGAUGCCUCCACCGCCACCGCCAUCGCUGCCAAAUCUCUCACGCACGACGGAUGACCUGAGGCCAAGCACGAGUGGAGAACGGGGUAGAUUUGCUCUCCUGGACUCUAUCUGCAAGUUCAACAAAUCCUCGUUGAGGAGAGUGGCUUCAGAUGAUUGAGGAGGAUCAGGAGAAGGAGCUCAAAGACAGGUAGGUGAAGAUAUUUCAGCGCAAAUGCUCUAAAAGAAUUUUUCUUGAAUCAAUCCAAGAUAAUGUUGCAUGUCAAAGGUUACAUUUGGACCAAUUUUAAAUGUAGUUCUAAAAAAAAAGAGGCAAACUUUAAGAUGACAAACAUAAAGAUAACAACAACAUAAAACAAUGCAAAUCGAUGAGAAACAUAAUCAGGCAAUUGCGCAAGGUUUUCAGAGAUAUAACAAGAAAGAUGGAAAGAGAAGCAGAGUAAAUGCUUUCUUUUCUUCUUCAGCAAAAAAAAAAAACAGGCACAAAAUUAUGAGAUUAUUUGCAAAAUAUACUCAAAUAAUGUGCUUAGCACUUCAUUGUAAGUGGAAGUCUAUAUGCAAAAAGAAUUCUCAAAUAUUUAAGGUGAAAAAGAAAAUAGAAGAAGAUGCGAGUAAAAAAAACACGACAAAAUGUAAAUCAAAAGGCACUAAAAAUGAAGUUGCUUUCAUCGUUACCAGUGGCUCGGAAAAAUGAGACAAUGUUGCUCCUCUAGCCACCCAUAAACGUUUGUAUAUUUCUUUCCUCAGCCUCAUUCUCGCGUAAUUGGAUACCUUUUUAUCAUAUUUGUACUUCUUUUUUUUUUUUAAACUGAGUCACAAAAUGUGAGAAUUUUUUAUAUAAAAGUCAUCUCUGUGUGUAAAUUGUUCUUUUAUUUGCCCAUUUUUACAAAUAUCUGUUUCAUUCACGACACUUAGCAUGAUAAAAUUUGCAUGUUUGUUCUCUUGCGUAAUAAAAAUUGAUAAAAUGAAAUAUCAAAUUUCCUAUGGAUCUUACAAAAAGAAAAAAAAAAGAAAAGAGAAGGAGAAUUUCAAUGGUAUAAUAUUGUGCAUUUGGAGUAGGUAAAACAUAAGGAGAUUAGUAGAGAGAAAGAGUAAAGAAAAUAAUUAAAUAAAUAAGACUGCACUUUAAUGAAAUUUAAACAAACAAAAAAAUCACUAAAAA